AUGAUGUUCGCUCCCCACAAAAAUCAAGAAAUAAGUCAAAUAUACGAACGAAAUAAUGAAGCUACAUUAUAUAUAGCAAAUCUAGAUGCCCAAGUUGAUGAAGAAAUUUUAUGUGAACUUUUUAUGCAAUGUGGUAAUGUAAAAAAUGUUCACAUUCCUAGGGACAAAAUAAAUGGAUUUCAUUUAGGAUACGGAUUUGUCGAAUAUGAAUAUGAAUAUGAAUGUGAAUAUGCAGGGAAAGUUCUUAACAUGACGAGAUUAUUUGGGAAACCAUUAAGAUGUAAUAAAGCAACUCAAGAUAAGAAAUCAUUUGAUGUAGGGGCAAAUUUAUUUAUAGGUAAUUUAGAUACAGAAGUAGAAGAAAAAAUGUUAUUUGAUAUAUUUUCAUCAUUUGGUCAAGUUAUAUCAGUAAAAGUAGUAAGAAAUGAAGAUGAUACAUCUAAAGGUCAUGGUUUUAUUUCUUAUGACAAUUUUGAAUCGAGUGAUUUAGCUAUAGAAAAUAUGAAUAAUCAAUUUAUAUGUAAUAAAAAAGUACAUAUAUCUUAUGCAUUUAAAAAGGGUUUUAAAGGGGAAAGACAUGGAACAGCAGCUGAAAGAUUUAUAGCUGCAAAUAAACCUCUAAAUUCAUAUUCUUCAAAUGACAAUUCAAAUAAUUUAAUAAAAAAUAAUUAUAAUUCAUCAACUUAUGAAAACAAUGCAAAUAAUAAUAUUUCAAUAAAUAAAGAAAGAAAAAACUUUUUAAGUAAUACAAAUAAUAUAAAUAAAUUACCAACAGAUCCUAUAAUACCCCCAUCUCCUAUUCCACCAUUUUUCCCUUCAAACAAUCCACCCAAUACAAUACCUCCAAAUUUUAUGCCUUUACCUAUGAAUUUGCCCCCUAAUUUGCCACCCAAUUUGCCACCUAAUUUACCCCCUAAUUUGCCACCUAAUUUACCCCCUAAUUUGCCACCUAAUUUACCCCCUAAUUUACCACCUAAUUUACCUCCAAACUUGCCUCCAAAUUUCCAACUGAAUUUCCCUCCAAAUAUGCUUCCCAAUUUGCAAAGUUUCCCACCACCUUUUCCCCCAACUUUCCCUCCAACAUUUCCUCCAAAUUUUGCCCCUAAUAUACCAGCAGGUAUGCCCCCAAUUAUUCCCCCCAAUAUGCCAGCAGGUAUGCCGCCCGCUAUGCCUCCAAAUAUGCCACCCGCUAUGCCACCAAAUUCUGAGGAAAAUGAAAAUUUAAAUAAUUUAUCAAAUGAAAAUAAUUAG